AUGACCACCGUACCCAAUGCCUCAGCAUUUCAGCGUGUCCCACUACAUCCCCGCGAUGCGCCAUCUGUUGAGACGUCCGUCAUGAUACAUGUAUUGAGAGUUUGUGCAUUAGAGGUCUCCGGGCUUUCAGAGCCUUCAUCAUUCAAGGAUAUGUACAACAAGUUCUCUCAAUGUCCCAGGCAGCGAGGCGACAGGCUGCAUGAAUUCUUGAAUAUAUGGCAGAGGGAUAGAAAGUUUCAAAGUGAUCCUGGCAGCAUGUCUGACUUAUUUUGGAACGUGGACACGUUGAUCGAUCCUGGUGGAGAUGUCUCAAAACAAACCUACCCUAUCGACCGUCGCUCCCUUUUCGGGAUCACCGUCCGGCGGGCUCGAAUAAACUGGGUUAAACUAUCAUUUCAAGGCCAAGUCGAGUUUGUGAAGCUGUAUCAGGCAUGGUUGAGGGGCGAAUGGGUCGGGAGGAACUUACCAAGGAGCGAACCAGCGAAACUUUACUUGUUUCCUACUCAAUCGGAUAACAUUCAUCACGCUCGAAUUGAAGUAUAUGAGGACUAUCUUACUUCCCUUGCAUCCGGAAAUACUCAAACAGCCACCGAGUCCCUACGAAGGUUCUUUGAUCAGCCUCUUACUGACAACGAUGAUACAGGACUACAUCAGCACGCGCUAUUGAACCUUGCAAGGUUACACUAUUGUGUAGGGGAGUUGUUGGGCGGUAGGAGGGCAUUAGAGGAAGCUAUCAAAGUAUCUCGAGCAGCAAACGAUCGAGACACGUUACAGAGAUGCAUGGCGUUACUGCGUCGUAUUGCUCCAUCUGCCGAGUCGCCCCAGGUCAUUCAAAAAGGAACAGACCCUAUCGACAUACUGUGGGACAUAAAACGUUCAAUGGACAUGGGUGAACCUAUCCAAGUCGGCUUCUCCAAAUUAUUUGAAUGUAUAGGGUGUGAAAGCGCAUUACCUACAACUGCCACGGUCGACUAUUGUGCCAGGUUUUCUGUACAGAGCGCACUCUGGAAGAUUGCGGGAGUGGACUCACUGGCGCAGACCCAUUUUAAUUUAAUCAUGACAUUCACCACUCCUGGACACGGGUCGGAACCGCGUCUUACAGCACAGCUUGCCAAAGCUCGAGCACUCUCUCGACAAGGCAAAUCUCAAGAAGCCGUGGUUGGGCUGUUGGAUCCCGACGUAUGGAGAGGGCUAAAUCGGGUACAGAAAGAGACAUGGGCGAGAGAAAUUUGGUGCAUAUUGGAAGGACAGGCUAGGAGACGCGGUCAGGAAAGAUUAACUCGGGAAUUCUUUCAGCCACGGAAACCAGCAGAUGCUUUGCAAACACAAGUGUUGAGAGAAGAUCACAUGUUCUUGAGGAGACUCGACCCAAUGAGUCAGCUCCAGAAUGCUAUAGAUGUGAUUCACUCGCAACAAAUUCCACUCUCACUUCAACCCCUCCUCGACGCACUUUGGACAACAGAAUUUAGAGGAACAUGGCCACUGUACCGCACCGGAAUUGCACUACUUGCAGAUCUAGGCGUUGGACUAGGCAUGGCCAGGUCAGGGCGGGAAUUUUUGGAGCAAUGCAUGGCUCAGAUACUGAACGGAGACGACCUUGAACAGCGAGCUUUUGCUUGCUUUACACUCGCUAAAUGCAUCAUGACUGCCGCCAAGGGCGAUGAAGACCCAAUUCCUCCCGCUCGAAUCCAAGAGCACCUCAAGCUUGCUCUCUUUUGGCUGCAUAUCGCCGAGAAGGACUAUGCCUCUAUCGAGUUUUAUACUGGCCGGCUAGACGUCCUCUAUACUCUUUCGGUUGUAUAUCAUAAUUUGGGCAUGCUACCCGAGCGGGACAGGACAGCAAGUUUGCAUGCAGAGGUCGAGAAAAAGAGGGUCGAGAUGGUGAGGAAAGAUGCGGACGAAGAGUUGAGAGAUGUAUGGGAGAUCGUUUGUGAAAUCGCGGCAAGAGACUAA